AUGGGUAAAAAAAGAAUUGCACUAAUACACUUUCCAUGGUUUGUUUUAAUUUUUGCCCUAAAUACUUAUCACAAUGAUUAUAUUUUCAGUAAUCUUCUAUUUCGUCUGUUCCGUAUUUUGCUAAUUUUGUCAAUUUUUCUAAUUUUUCUGAGGAUAAUAAUUAAAGAAUUUAAAUAUCCUUUAUUUUCAAUAAAUUCAAACAAAUUAAUUAAUUUUACAAUAACUUUUUCAAAUGUUCAAAAAGAUUAUUUGAUGGAAGAACCUUUUAUUGAACCUUGUAAAGGAAAACAAAUAAAAUUAUUAGUGUUAAUUAUGAGUAGAAGAGAAACUUUUUAUAAAAGAAUGGGAAUUAGAAAAAGUUGGGCAAAAGAUGGGCAUGAAGGAAUAAUUAUUCGCUUUGUUAUUGGUGGACCAAAAUUAAAGGAAGAAAACAGUACAUUAUUAGAAAAUAAAUUACAAGAAGAACAAAAAGUUUUUGGGGAUUUAAUUCGUUAUAGUAUUGAAGAUGGCUAUAAUAAUUUACAUUUUAAAAUGGGUGCAGCCUAUCAAUGGCAACAAAAAUUUUGUUCGAAUGCUAAAUUUGUUAUGAAAACAGAUGACGAUACAAUUGUUGAUUUACCUAGAUUGGAAUUUUGGAUUGACAAGAAAGCUAAGAAAGAUUCGAAAAAAGGCCCAGCAUUUUUUGGGGUUGUUUAUGGAAAAUCAAGGCCAAUAAGGGACCCAAGAAAUAAGUGGUAUGUUCCCUAUGAGCAUUUUCCCGGUAAUCUAUUUCCUCGUUACAUGCAAGGGGCUAGCUAUUUUGGGAAUGGAAAAGCAAUUAAAUUAAUUAUGUUACACACAAAAGAAGCUAUUGGAUUUAAUAUGGAUGAUAUUUUAUUUACUGGAACUUUGGCUGAAAUUGCUAAUGUUUCUAGAAUUGAUUAUUCUGCACAUUUUAGGGGCCAAUUUAAUGUAACAUAA